AUGUAUAUAUUGGUCUUAUUUAUGAUACAGGUGGCAUUCCAUGAAUAAAAAUAACAUGCGUCAAUACACCGCUAACGACUGCUGUGCGGAUCUUUCAGUAUGAACGAGUACAUUGUAUUACGUUGCAUAUGUUUGACCCUAUCGGCAUCCGCGUUGCUGCCUUUUGCCGCUUGCAUUUACCUGAGUGUAAGUGUCAGCACCCGGAAGUUGUCGCGAUGCCGCGCUAGAGCGCAGCUGCAUAGCAACGCCUUGUUGUUUGGCUGCUGAGAUUGACGGCCGGGUGCCGCAGUGACGCGCGCUGAUUUUUUUUUUUUUAAACCUUCUUUACUUGUCGCACGUGGUGUGGGGGUGACUGGUGUGACUUAUACGUCUCCAGACUUAGUUAGUUCCUGCAAUCUGGCACUUUCUACACUUAUUAGAAUGUGUAGUUCUCUUUCCCGCGAGGCCUGUGAUUCUCCAUCGGGCUGGGGCGGUGCACACUGCGGGUGAGGUGGUUCCACGGCGCCGUGAGUAAAUACUACCAUGCGACUGGUCGGAAGGCGACUCCAGCACUGAACGGUGACUUUGAGAAAUAAAAGGGUGUAAGGGCUGCGGCCCGCUUGUCAGAUUGCUGCUGGUGUUGCUGCUGCUGAAGACGCCGAAGACGAGCCAGCCAUGCUGCUUGCGGAGCAGGCGCAAAAGUGGUUCCCCACUCACGUUCAGGUGACAGUCCUUCAAGCCAGAGAGCUGCACGCCAAAGGCAAGAAUGGCACCAAUGACACUUACACCAUCAUUCAAUUGGGCAAAGAGAAAUACUCCACAUCGGUGGCUGAGAAGACUUUGAACCCGGUAUGGAAAGAAGAGGCGUCCUUUGAGCUGCCGGGGCUGCUGCUGGAGGGCAACCCAGAGAAAUACGUCCUGCUCCUCGUAGUGAUGCACAGGUCUCUGGUGGGGCUGGACAAGUUCCUCGGCCAGGUGUCAAUUAACCUGAACGAAAUCUUUGAAAACAAAGAAAGAAGGAAGACAGACUGGUUCAAGUUAGAGUCUAAACCAGGGAAAAAAAGUAAGCAACGUGGUGAGAUUCAAGUCAACAUUCAGUUUAUGAGGAACAACAUGACAGCGAGUAUGUUUGAUCUCUCCAUAAGAGACAAGCCCCGCUCUCCUUUUGCCAAACUGAAAGACAAGAUGAAGGGGAGGAAAAAUGAUGGCACAUUCUCGGACACUUCUUCGGCCAUUAUUCCAAGAACAAGCACGCCCAGGUCUGAUCCUGAACUUUCUGACAUGGACCAACAGCUGAAAUCCAAACCAAAAAAGACAUUGCUUCUGGCACCCCAGCGCCUUUCUGCUGCCCACUCCAUGUCAGAUUUAAUUGGCUCUCAUUUCUCUGGUGACAAAGUGAAGGCAAGCACAAUUGGACAUCCUCCCCUUUUCCGACCUAAGUUGGACUCUAUGAAUUCAAUUGACGAAAGCGGCAAUGUUAAUUCACCUCAUCGGAGAUCACAAAGCGUGGGUACUGCCAAACCAAAUCAAAGCACCAGUCUGGACAGUGAUUAUGCCAUGGAAGUUGAAAAUGAUCCAUUUGGAAGUAUUGGUGCCUCUCUACCCCAAAAGUCUGCCACUCUUCCACGAAAUAAGAACCCAUUUGACUCUGGCACCAGUAUCUCAUGGGACAGUAGCACAGCCAUGUCUUCCAAAGUUACAGAGAUUGGAAAGGAUAACCGGAAAGAGAAGAAAGAAAAAGUUAGCCUCUUGGAGAGGGUAACUGGUAAAAAAGAUGGAAAAAAGAUGGAAAAGCAUGGAAAUGGAAAAUCGACAAGCACUGGGGAAACGCAGGCUCGAAAUCCUUUUAGUGAUGAUCUGCAUGAUGAUGCCGAAACAAAUCCAUUCUCAACAAAUUAUAAGUCCAGUGUAGGAAAGCCUGAAAGUAUUGAAGAUAUGAAAAACAAGGUGGUGAACAGACAUGGUCUAUCAAACAGUAAAGGUGAUCAUGAAAAGAAAGGCAGUACUUUGGAAGGAAAUCCUUUUGGUACCACAGCAUCAUACCGCAAUUUGUCUUUUGAAGAGGUUGUUCAAGAACUGAUCAAACAGAAGGAGCUGGUCAGAAAAAAAGAUGCCCACAUACGUGAACUGGAAAACUACAUUGACAACCUCCUUGUACGAGUCAUGGAAGAAACUCCCAGCAUUCUAAGGGUGCCUUACGAACCAGCCCGUAAAGCGGGAAAAUUUUCUAAACAGUAAUUAUGUGCAAAAACAAACAGAGAAAAUUUUUACUAGUGUGUUUCCUGGGAAGAAGAGGGUGCUUUUGAAUGUAUUGCAUUUUAUUUACUAACCAUUACUUGAUAUAUUUCCAUGCUGCUGCUGCUGUUACUGGUUAACCUUUUUAUAUUGUUGACCAUCUUAGUUGGGUAAGUGGGUAAGUGUUGAACAAAAUCUACAAAUAAUUCUUCUACCCAGUAUUCAGAAUCAAAGCCCACUUGAAAUACAGUGUGCCAUGUUCACAUAAUACAUAAUGUGUGCCAUAUGAGAAUACUUGAUAUAUUGAUGUGGUAACUUUGCCUAAAUGAGUCAUUCGAGUUACAAGUGGAAAAAAAAAUAUUUUGAGUUUGGCAUUCCCCCAUCCCAUCUCCCCAACACUCUUGCUUCUUUGAGGUAAGUAUGAAUUAUAUGUCAAAUUAGUAAGGAAGUCUUUUGCCCUUUAUUUGGAGGAGGGUAAUAGUUCAAGUUUUCAUUGGGUACAUGAGCCAGGUCAUGUUGUAUUGCUAAAUUCUUUUAAAAGAUGUCAAGCUGCGACUAUUAAUGUGCUGCUAGUGUGAAACCAAAAAAAAAUAAAAUAAUAUGUUGACUCAUUAAGAAUCCUUUAGUGAAGUCAACAGUGGGGAGUAGUGAAGCAUAGUGAGUAGUCAAAUGGUAAAAUCUGUUAUCUUUCAGUCAACUCUGUACUGGAGCGUGAACAUCUGUGAUAUUUUGCCUAGAGUGAUAAGGAAAAAUUCCUUAAAAUGUUAUAAAUGAGCAUUUGUUUAAAAUACCAGGGCACUUUGUUUUUAGCUUUUAGAUACUGCCUCCCCAAAUCUCCCAUACAGGUUAAACAGUGAAGCCUAACACACAGUGUAUAUUUUGUUCAGUUGUAUUUUGUACUUUCUACCAGACAGUCUUCCAACAAUAUCCAAUUUUGACUGCCUUCUGCUUCCUUGGGAUAAAAUAUCGGUCUUAAAUUGUUGGCACUUUUUUAUUUUUACAAUAUUUAAAUUUGUAUGUAACCUAAACUCCUGCAGUUAUUGUGUGUGCUUGUAAACUAGCGUAAAACACUGCUUGUAUUUAAACAAAAAUAAAUUAAUAUAUAGCACUAUAUAAUUAUUAACUCAGUAGUAGUAAUUACAAUUAUUUUAGGGGCCAAAAUGUAGGUACGAAGUUAUUUUUCUGUCUAAAUACACUAUAUAAUAAUCAGAUGCUAGACGAGAACAUUAUAGUGUACCUCAAAUAGCUGAUAACAAGUUAAAAGCUUUACAUCAAUGCAUAAACAAUGAGGAGCACUGUUACAGAAAAUGAAGGACAAAUAUUCUUUAAAAUGAAGACAUAGUUAUGUGAAAUAUCAGAUUUUGUCUGAAGUGGAGAAUGAAGUUGAGCGAUCCAGAGACCAAGAUUCAGACUGCACAUUCAGAGGUUCUAAUUUCCAGCAUUCACAGUUACUUGAAUCUUGCAGAAUUAUAUUAUGGUAUAAAUAGUUAACAAUUAUUAAUUUGAUUUCUAAUUUGAAUGAAAUAUUAACAUGUCUUUUCUGGCUUUACUUUGUAAUGCUCGUGAUUGGGAUUUGGAAUCUGAACUUCUUUGAAUUGUACACAGCAUACACAAUGUCUUUGUUUGAAUCUUGGCAUGAUGGUAUUAUGUAAUGGAACAUUUAAUAAGAUAUCUACCAAAGAUAAUUUUUUUUUUUCUUUGGUGAUCUUUAAAUGUGUAAAAUAUUAAUUAAAACUUAAAAAGAGAUUUGCUUACAAGAAUGUUUUCUGUAAAUAAAUAGUCAAAUAUAAUUCAACAGGGUGUACUCCUAUAUGUAAUUUCCCAAACCAAUUCAAGUUUGUAAAAUAAACAACUAAGUAAACAUAUGUAAUUACCCUUGUAAAGCCGACUCUGAACCUCUGGGGACCAGUUAAGCCAUGUUUUCGGGUCCUUGAUCUAAGUAGAAACCAAAUGUUCUAUAUAUGGUCUUCUUUUUUUCUGCUACAAAAAAGAAAGAAAAAACUAUACUGUCAUAAAAAUAUGAAAAGAUAUGAAAUAUGUUCACAUGUGUAAAAAGAGUGAAUAAUUAAGUUAAUUGAGAGCUCAGAAUGAAAUGAAAACCAGACGACCUGGCAAGCUCCAGUGAACCCUUAUUAAAACAAUGUGUAGUAGCAAUUUACUAUCAGUUUUAACAUUAAGAAUGCAUUUUUUUAAUAUACUAAUGAAGAAGGGGUAACAGAAGAAUGAUUUGUUUUUCUAGCUAUAUUGUGUUGAUUUAUUUGUGGUUCGGCACUUAUCUGCCCUUUGCCUUCUACCAAGUGAAACUUUUUUUUUCCUCCGGACAGAUAGUGUAGUACAUUAGAAGUGAAUGUUCAGCACAGACAGGAUGUCUCUCUAAGUAUGAACAGGGCAGUAAAAGACACACCCUGUAAAAAACUGCAAUCUGUCACAUGGAUAAGUGUUACAUUGUGUUAUUGGGAAGGGUAAUCAUCGCCAAAUUGUUCUUUUAGAAUGUAUUUUUUUUUUGAAAUCAUGGAAAUUAUUGCUUCCAAACUGUUUUUUUAUGUUUUAUACACAAUGGAAUGUUUAUACAUAAGAAGUGCAAUAAUGUGUGAUCUCCUUGAAACUUUAACUUUCACUUUAAUAUACAUUUUGAAACAAAGCUAACUGUUAAAGGUGGCUUUAACUGCCUUUCUGUACAAGCAGUUGUUAUUCUAUUGAUUAUCUGUUUAGUUUUUGUUUACAGGAGAACAGUAAUUAAGUAAUCAUGUAACAGUCACAAAGCAGGCACACACACAUGUAUAUCUGUAUACAAAAUGAAUACCAUCAAACGUACACACAACCGCAAAUUGUACAGACUCUGUAAAGUCACACCAUUUCUAUUGUUGCCUUUCCCCACUGAACGUAUACAGUUUUUAAGUGUCUGGACAAUUAAAUCUAUUGUGUGCCUCUGGUUUCUUGUAGGAAUUAUUCUAGUUUUUCUUUAAUUAUACCAAUUGUCUUAUAGGUGCCUGAAGGAUUUAAAUCUUCACAGUUUUAAUUAUAAUCGUGUUUGUGUUCAAGCUCGCUGCUUUCAAAUUGUUGCAGUGCUCCUAGCAGUGUGUUUUAUAAAAAUAACACCAGCUAAAUCCUAUAGUGAAUGAAAUUGCCGUAGAAUGGCAGGCACACAGUGAGCUCUGACUUACAAAUCACUGCCAAUCGAUCACUGCAGGAGGCAUCUUAAGCAUUUAUUAGGUUUAAGCAUAAAGAAGUGUCACAUAAUGAAGUUAAAGUUUCAUGUUGAGCUCAUCUGUAUUCCAGUAUAUGAAGAAGCCUUGCUGCAAUUAAUGUUUCUCUCCGGCUGUAUCAUUUGACAAAGAUGCUUGCCUUGCAGACCUUCAGGACUUUUGACAAGCUGCUCUUCCUUCCUUUUCCUGAAUGGAUUCUGGAUGUUCUACUGAUUUUGAAGUGAACUGCAAUGAAUUUCUUUCCACUUUCCAUCCAACACACUAAAAAAAAAAGUAGUUGGGACUUGACAGCAGUUCAUGCUGUCCUCUUAUUGAUGAAAUGAUAAUAAUGCACUGUUUAGUUUCCCUUUUUUAAGAGUGAUUGUACUUUAUGAAACUGAUGUGCUUGGCAUGUAGCAUAGGUAUAAAGAAAAAUAGGUGAAGCUGAAGCUUUAAUUAGUAGUGAUGUAUAUACUUAAAGGAAUGAAUCAUACAAGUCAUGAAUCACUAUGUUAUGAUUUAUGCAAUAAGCAGAUAUGCACAAGUUAAAAUGUAGCAAUCAUUGAAAUAAACUGUAUUUACUGAAGCACAAA